AUGGUCUUAACCUCCCAUUUCUGCAGUGCAGCACAUCUGCGUCAAACGUCCCGCUGGUGCUCGCAGAGACCCUCUCGAGUCAAGAGCAGUGAAGCAGAAUGGAACCUAGACGGCGAAGGCACGCUCGUGGACGAGGAGACAUUGCAGCAGAGACUGGAGGCGGCCAUCAAGGAGGAGAAUUAUGCCCUCGCGGCCAAGCUGCGGGACGAUCUCCGACAUCUUUACGAGGACAGCAAGGCGGCUGUGCUCGCCGCCAACUCUCGAUUCUACAACGCCUUUCGAAAAGGCGAUCUGGUGGCCAUGCACUCUGUCUGGGCCAAGGGAGAUAAUAUCUCCUGCGUUCACCCUGGAGCGGGCACCAUAUCUGGUUAUGAACUGGUCAUGGACAGCUGGGACGUCGUCUGCGGCGCCGAUCACGAGUUUCCCAUCCAGAUCGAGCUGAAGAACGUUGAGGUGUUCGUGAAGGGUGAUGUUGGGUACGUGACCUGCCUGGAGGUGGUCAAGACGAAGGGCAGCAGCUGGGGCAAGCAAGUCGCCACCAACGUGUUCGAGAGGGUUGACGGCCAGUGGUUCAUCUGUAUUCACCACGCCUCCCACGUUGACUUGUAA